AUGGCCCGGACAAAUGGCAGUACGCGGAGAAGACAGCCGCCGCCGCCUCCGCCUAGGCGGCGGCUCCGUAUGCUCGUCGUAUCUCUCCUAGUCCAAAACCCUACAUCGGUCAGUAAGGAGACAACUACUGAACCUGCGCCAGGAGUAAUUACUCGGGCGCACAGCCGCCGUAUCGCUGCUGCCGCCGCCGCCCUCCCGGAGGAAAUCCUGGUGUGGGAGAUACUUAUCCGCCUUCCAGCCAAGGACAUCCUUCGCUACCGCGCGGUUUGUCGCUCCUGGCGUGGCCUCAUCUCUGCCCCUGAUUUCCUCUUAGCUCACCACAAGCGCCAGCCGUUGCUCCCCAUCUUCACGUCCAUCCAUGGUUCAUCAUCCUUGUUGAAGGGGUACCUCUCGCGAUUGUUCAAGGGGGGGCUCCCGAGCGCUUCACUCCCAUGCCUCAGCCCCACCGCCGCACGCGUCGCCGCCUUGUACCUACAUCGCCCGUCCGGCGAGUAUCGCGUCCUUUACGUAGAGGGAACACACUGGGACUACCUCGAAGCUGGCUACUACAUCCUUACGGUGCGCCAGGGGCAGCCAUCAAGGUGCAUUGGAGUUCCUGCAGAUACCCCUGGUAUCGAGAAAGUUAUGAGGGCCUGCCACAGACUGGAUGCUAAGAUGGCCCCACCCGUCCUUUUCCGCGAUUGCCUUCACUGGGACUCCGACUGCCGUGGUAGCCACGCCGGCAUACUUGUUUUUGACACAUUGGUUGAAUCAUUCAGGCUCAUGCGCCGUCCCGCUGCUGCUACCAGAUUCUGCAGACGUUUGUGCAACAUGGAAGGUUCGAUUGGCUUCAGCUGCAAUUAUGAUGGUGACGGGACGACAGCCGCCAAAAUCUGGGUGCUUGAGGACUACGAUAGAGAGGUUUGGUCAUUCAAGUACCAUGUUAAAUUCCCAGUGGAGAGCUUGUGUUACUCUGAAGAAGAACAUUUGGUUUUAUCUCACAAGGGAGAUGUCUUGGUCUACACGCCAUGUACUGGUUACAUGUUCCAUUGUGACAACACCGGAAAACUGUUAGAGGAGUUCCAAUGCAAUUCGGAAGAUUGUAUCACUAUUGAACAUUGGUUCAAAGAAAGCCUUGUCAAACAUGACAUCUUCCUGAUGCAAGAUUGUGUCCCCUUUUUCCAAACGGACUAACAAGUGGAUGAUUAAUAUCAACUACUAUUCUUCACAGAAGGUCCUCCUUUACAUGUAAAAACCUAUAGUUCU